AAUUAUAAAUUAAAUAAAACAAGUAAACAACCUUUUAACAAAUUACAAAUCAUCGAGGCGGAAAAUUUUUGCUGACUUAUCGUCCGGGACGAGGACUUUAAAUAUUGAAUGAAGAACAGAGCACUAGUUAAUUCGAACUGAAUGCGCUGAUACAACUGAGAAAUGAAGGUCCUCGCGCUUGUUAUUCUGUCAGUGGUUGCCGGGACAGGCAAUGCCUUUUGGGACAAUGCCACUGAUUUUGUCGGCGGAGCCUAUGAUGGAGCAAAAGAAAUGGGGAAAGCUUAUAAUGACAUGCGCGAGGCAAACUGGAAGAACUCGGACAAGUACUUCCAUGCACGUGGGAACUAUGACGCCGCUCAACAUGGACCCGGGGGCAAGUGGGCUGCGGAAAAGAUCAGCGACGCGCGAGAGUGGGUAGACAUGAACAUUAAAGGUGACUCGAAGGCAGACAGCGAUGCGGACCAGGAGGCAAACCGUCACGGACGCAACGGGGGCGACCCCAACAAGUACCGACCACCGGGACUGCCCACCAAAUACUAGGGCUGUCACGAUUCACCGGUAUACCGGUAUAUCGCGGUGCAUGUCGUGAAAAAGAUCGCACCGCGGUACGGCGUUGCCGCACCGGUUUUUUAAAUAUUAUUAUAUUAGCACAGAUUUAAAUACAUUACAUAAUUAUUUUGAUAUAGAUAUCGUUUUGAAAACUGAAGAAGCGAUUUAAAAGGGUUAAAUAAAUAAUCCGUUAAUAUCCAGGUCAAGCAAGCGCUUCCACUGGUAGAUGUUUAACUUUCACGUUUAAAAUACGUCGAUGUAUGGGUCCGUACCUUUUUUGGAAUUUGGGACAGAUUUCCUUUGCAAAUAAGUUCAUAAUUAUCCAAAAGAUGUUUAUUCUGUUUCUUAUUUUUUUUCUUUAGUAUAUCGAUCGUUCAAAGCAUGGCACUUCCAAAUCAUGUUAUCUUAAGAUUCUGAAUAAGUCGAGGAAGAGUCAGAACGCUACGGAUUUUCAAUACUGGGCCUGCUGACUCCGCAUUUUAAACAUGCCCUUGAAGCGUUCGAUUUACACAGAUCGUAGUCACAGCUAUUGUAAACAACAUGGCAGGCAUUUUAGAAAAAGACGCGAAUAACAAAAACAAUAACAAUGACUACUUCUAUCAAGUUUAUUACAGUUUCUUUUACAGUUUCUUGUCAUACUAUGAUACCAAUAUUUUCUGAUUAUUGAGUUUAAUAAAGUUUGUAAAACUUGUUAUUCUGUUGUUUUCUUUACAGAUACAUAUUCUGUAAAAUAUCGCGGUACGUACCGCGAUACAGUGUUGCCGUACCACGAUAUAACGCGGUACGCUCACGGCGUAUCGUGACAGCCCUACCAAAUACCGUCGAAACGUGGAACUCAACGAUGACGCUGAUGAAUAAAUGUUCAGCUCUCCGUAUGAAAUAAAAAACAACAAUGGACAAGCAUAUUUUAAAGUUUUUAUUUCUGCUUAAUCUGUUUCUUUGUACAUCAAUAUAUUCUUAACGUUCUGCUUAUUUUCUGAAAUAAAGCUUAUAAUUAUA